CCGAAAUCGUUUUUCGUGGCCAUGCAGCGUCGAUGGCAAUCCAGCCACAUUCGUCGCGGAUUUGCCAAAACCAAGACCACUAAGCCUCGAUUCCUAUGUGGACGCUGCGCAACACCUUCCGCCGCACGUCGGUGGCGCUUCCCUCCCAGCGUCGCGCGCUGACCGCUGCCGCCAUCGCAGAGGGCAAAGUGCCCAUUAACAACCUGUUCGUGACGUCCACUGAAGUAACAGAGAAAACGGCACCAGUGCUAAUCGGACUGACCAACACUCUGGAGCAAAAGUUUGCCAGAGUGGGCUACUUCCGCCCCAUCCAGCCGAUUGUCGAGACUGACCACCACGUCGACGUCAUGAAGCAGCAGCUGGGGCUCACCAAGAGCGUGGAGCAGCUGUACGGAGUGACGAGCGAGCGUGCCAUCGAGUAUUGGCUGAACGGCAAGGGAGACGACCUCGUGGAGGAGAUUCUCGACCGCUACGAGGCGUGUCGCGAGGGCCACGAUUUCAUGAUAAUCGAAGGGUCGCAACUUUCCAAACACGAAAGUGCCAUGAGUUGGAAAAUCAACGUGGACAUUGCCAAAGCCAUUGGCUCACCCGUGUUGACAAUUUCCGAUUUCAGCGAAUCGGCAAACACGAACAGCGACCUUUUGGAGGAGAUCCUCUCGCGUACUGCUUUUAACAAAGACCAAGUGGAGGGUGCGGGUCUUAACUUCAUUGGCAACAUUGCCAACCGCGUGAACACCAAAGACCCCAAGGCUUUACGCGAGGCAAUUCGUGCCAAAUUGCGUGAAAAAGAUUUGCCAUUCCUCGGCUUUUUGCCAAAAGACGAUUUUAUCGCGUCCAAACGUCUCAACGAAGUGACACACCAACUCGGAGCUAAGCAACUCUUUGGCACCAAGGCAAUCCCCAACAACGUCGUCGUAACUUCCGCCGUAGUGGCAACAAGCGCCUUGAAAGAUUUAUUCGCGCACUUGAAGAACUACAAAGACGGUGCUCUCGUCAUCACAUCGGCGGAUCGCUCGGACGUCAUGCUGGGUCUCAUGGCCUCUCGUCUGCCUGGUAUCUUGCCGAACGUGUCGGCUAUCGUGCUGACCAAUGGCAGCUACCCACAUAGCAACACGCAGGAGAUUCUCCAGGGCGUGGAGGCUCUGGACAAGACUGGCCUGUCCAUCCCGAUCUUCUCGGUGCCAGAGGACACGUUCACAACGGCUGACAAGUUCUCCAAGGUGUCGACGGACAUUCUACCCACCAGUCAGCUGAAAAUCGACCGCUCCAAGCAACUUUUCGACGAGUUUGUGGGCAAAGAGGGCAUCAUUGGCGAACUGGACGAAGGAAUGGUGGUCAACCGCUCGCCGAAGCAGUUUCAGCACUUUUUGUUCAGCAAAUCGCGAGCUGUCCAGCGUCAUAUUGUACUGACGGAAGGAGAGGACAUCCGCGUGCUCCAAGCAGCCGACCAAGUGCUGCGUCAGAAGCUCUCGAAGGUGACGAUCCUGGGCAAUCCGGACGACAUUGAACGACACGCCAAGUCGCUGACUCUCGACCUCUCGCGUGCAAACAUUGUGCGCACAGCGGACAGCGAGCUGCUGGACAAGUACGUGGACCAGUACUUUGAGAAGCGUAAACACAAGGGCGUGACGCGGGAGUCGGCACGUGACGCGGUGCUGGAGGAAACAUGCUUCGGUACGAUGAUGGUGGAGAUGGGCGACGCCGACGGGAUGGUCUCCGGUGCGUGCCACACCACAGCCAACACGAUUCGUCCUGCUCUGCAGCUCAUCAAGACGACGCCGAACCGACCGAUUGUGUCCAGUAUCUUCUUCAUGUGUCUCGAGGACGGCGUGCGCAUCUACGGAGACUGCGCUGUGAACACGGACCCGAGUGCGCAGGACUUGGCGCAGAUCGCGGUGACGAGUGCAGAGAGCGCAGAAGCGUUCGGACUCAUCCCGAAGGUGGCGCUGCUGUCGUACGCCACAGGCGACUCGAACUCGGGUCCGAUCAUCGACAAGGUGCGCGAGGCGACCAAGAUGGCGCAGGAGUUGCGUCCGGACUUGGACAUCUACGGCCCGAUCCAGUACGACGCUGCGGUGGACGAGUCGAUCGCCAAGACCAAGUUGAAGGCGAUCCCCAGUGGCGCCAAGGUUGGCGGCCAGGCCAAUGUGCUGAUCUUCCCGGACUUGAACACGGGCAACAACACGUACAAGGCUGUACAGCAGAGUACUGGCUGCAUCGCGAUGGGUCCGAUGCUGCAAGGUCUGCGGAAACCAGUGAACGACUUGAGUCGAGGUGCGACGGUGAAGGACAUUGUCACGACGGUGGCGAUCACGGCUAUUCAGGCGGACCAGGUGAUCUUGAAACGAGAAGCCAAGGCCAAGGUGGAGGCUGCAGCCUAGGUAAGGUAUAGGGCAGUAGGUGACGAGCGGAUUGAGUUAUUCAGCGCGAUUGGAAAGCGACGAAGAC